AUAAAUAGGGCGCUGGGAAUGCCGCAUUAGCGCUCUGUGAGCUGUACACCUCCGCCCUGUGCUGCAAGGGCUUGAGCGGCCGCGGUGCGUUGCCAAAUCAUACUCCAGCAGCAGACAGCAGGCGCUGCCCCAUCAUACAGCAAUAGGAGCACCCCAAGCGGGAGCACCAUGACGGGCACGCGCUCCGAGGACCGCCGGCGUCGCGCCGCCGACCCCACGAGCUCCUCCGCCUCCUGCGGGCUCAGCGCGGACGCCGCCCUGCGCAACGCCAACCGCGCAACCCGUGGCCCCUUCGUGUGGCAGAGGGCGCGCGAGCCCUCCCCGCGCGCGCCCUCCUCGCGCGAGCCCUCCUCGCGCGAGCCCUCCCCGCGCGAGCCCUCCCCGCGCGCGCCCUCCCCGCGCGUGCACAGCGACGCGGCGGAGCCACUGACGCCUCCGCGGUGCAGCGCCGCGGCGGAGAGGACUGCGAGCAGGCGCCCGGGUGCGCCGCUGCUCCGCAAUGAUGAAGACAGAAGCCACCGCGCCCUCCCGCGAGAGGUCGCGACCCCGCGCCAAACGAACCACGUGUCCGUGCCACGCGGAGCUCUACCGCCCCCUGGUGGUCACGGCGAAGCAGUGCAGACAGCCGCACCUCCUCGGACGAGUUCCAAGGCGAUUCAAGGAUGUUCGCACAAGCCUCCCCCAGAAGACUCGUGUGAAGACGCCUCACUCGGCCUCUCCCUGCACAAGCAAGUGAAGCUGCAGCAGCAGUGGAGCCCCGUGUCCAUGGCCAUCAAUGACGACAAUGCCUUCGAGCUGACGCUCUUGAGGGAGGCUGGGGUGAACCUUCUCCGCGUUCCCGGACAGCUCCUGCCGGCCAUUCACGAGGCAGCUAUGCUGGGCAAGACUCGCUGCCUGCGAAUGCUUACUCAAGCUUUCCCAAAAGCCCUCGACGAGAGAACGAAGACCAACGAUACCGCCCUGCACCUGGCGACCUGCCAGGGCAAGACGGAGUGCGUGGACAUCCUGCUGCAGGCCGGAGCCAACCCCAAUGUCCACAAUACCUGGAUGGAAACGCCUCUGUACAAGGCGUGCGAGUACUUGCUGCUGGAGGUGGCCGAGCUGCUGGUGCGGCACGGCGCUAACGUGAACACGCGCGACCUGCACAGCCACACGCCCAUCUACGAGGCCAUCACCCGCCACAGCCUGCCCAUCGUGCAGCUGCUGGUGGCGGCGGGCGCCCGCGUGGACGUCCGCGACAACUACGGCGCCACGCCGCUCUUCGUGGCCGCCCAGUGCGGCGUGCUGAGCGUCGUCGCCUACCUCGUCCGGAUGGGCUCCGAUGUGGAGAGGGCCACGCAGGAUGGGAGCACGCCGCUCUUCGAGGCGUGCAGGAACGGCCACGAGGAGGUGGCCGCCUUCCUCGUGGCGUCCGGGGCCAAAGUGAACCGGCUCAACGACGGCGAACUGCUGCCCCUGCACGCGGCCGCCCAGCAGGGCAGCCUGCGGCUCACGUCGCUGCUGGCCGAGUCGACGAGCCGGAUCGCCGUGGCUCGGAGUGGCAUUAGCCCCCUUCACCUGGCUGCCAAACACAACCACGACGACGUCCUGGGCACGCUGCUCGACCUCGGGUUUGACCCCAACGCACUCCUGUCUCACAGCCGCUCCAAAUACUUCGAAGACCGCCGCACCACGGCCCUCUUCUUCGCCGUUUCCAAUAACAAUCUGAACGCCGCUCGCCGCUUGCUGCGAGCCGGCGCCGACCCGAACCUGGACGUUCUCCAGCCGUUGCUGGUGGCCGUGCGGAUGAAUUCGCUGCCCCUCGUGGAGGCCCUCCUGGAGCACGGCGCCGACACGGAGAAGCCCGUCGUGACGAUCGGGCGCCCCACCGCGUUCCCGUCGGUGCUCGUGUAUUGCGCCAGCGACGUGCGGAUGCUCGGCUUGCUCCUGCGCGAGGGGUGCGAUGCGCGCUCAUGUUUCGAUUGUGCCUUUGGCGUGGACUCGCACCACGUCCAGGUAAAGGCUGAAGAGGAGGGGCUCUGGGAAACACACGAGCAUGCGAUAACCCCGCUGCCCAAUAGAACCAUGCAGUUCUGUGAGCUGUUGACGAGCAAAGCGAUGAGCCCACACUGCGAGUCCAUUGUGUGCAUGCUGCUGGAGCACGUGGCCAAUGUGCACCUCUGCUCCUGCAUCCUCCAGCUGCUCUGGGAGAACUGCGAGGAUGUGGUGACGAUCCAGCGGCUGGCAGAGACCCCCCGUUCACUGGUCCACCUGUGCCGUCUGAAAAUCCGCUCUACCCUCGGUCGGAAGCGUCUGCGCUCCAUACAGUGCCUCCCGCUGCCCCCUGUGCUGAAGAAUUACCUUGGCCACGUCGAGGACAGCAGAGCCUGAUCCAACGGCAUGCCCAUCAGCGCAUCCGACAUAAUAUAUGGCGACCGUGCGCAUGUUUGUGUUGUGAGCAGCAUCCUUUUAAAAUCAGUAUGCUGUCGACAGAGCUUUAAUAUGGAUUAUUUUACGAAUAAAAUUCAUGUUUUCAGCAUUGAUGACUUCCAAACCCGAGAGCAGAGAGGGUCAAUGACCUCCCUAAACUUGGAGCUGUCACUGGAGUUUCCUCCUUUUCCAAUAAGGCAAGGGUUGUCUCAGUCAGCCUCGGUCGUCAGUUUGCGGUAAAUGAUAAUAAAGUUAAACACAACGAAACCAGACCUCGGUACAAAUAAAUUCCUGCUACGUUAAUACAGGUGUCAAUUCCCCACACUGUCUUGGUCAAGCUCUGACCAAGUGGCAACCCUAAUUAUGAGCUCCGUACAAUCAUCUUGUAAUCGGCCGGCGGUAAUAUUUACAGAGAUAAACUUGGUUUGAGGGCCGCUGGAUUUUCUAAACUUAAAAAAAUAAUAGUUUGUCCAGACUCGGUUUACCGUGAGGAGGGUACAGUGCGUAGGAAAAACAUUGAUGAACAAUUAAAACUCGUCUCGAGUAAUUCCCCACUCCCUUCUCCUCACCCCGCAAAUCCCAGACUCCACAAUACGCUGGUGCUUGACUCUGCUAGAAAAUGAUAGUUGAUAGGCUGCGACAAAAUGCAACCUCUCAGGUAGGCAGGCAGGAGGAGCUGGGUGCCAUCCUAUCGGUGCUUAUUAGUUCUCUCUGUACAGCGAUAUGUGUAAGAUUGCUGAUGUAAUAAUGUAGGCUCACAUUUUAUAUGUGAAUGGAAUGUACGAUAUGUGUAAUGUGUGUUAUUUAUAUAUUGUUGUUACAUUUGUAGGAACAUAGGUCUGUAAAUGCAUCAUGUUGAUAUUAUGUACUCUAUAUGAUGUACUUUACGACGAGCUGUGUGAAUAAAGUGCAUUGCGUAUGAAUAUGGACGUAUAUAUAUGUUUGGAUGUAGUCUUGGGAGUGCUUUAGUACUCUUGGGGUAUCCUUAUCGUCUGGACGAAAGUUAAUCAUCAGAAUUGUAUUUCUGUAAGCAUUUGGCUACGGCUCUGUAGGUUUGAAGGCGGAUACUGCCACUUCCCCCCACCCAAG